AUGAUCAACUACUACUCCAAGUUUGUCCCCAAUCUGUCCGUGAAGUUGUGUCCCCUGUACGCGCUGUUGAAGAAGAACGUUCAGUUUAAGUGGUCUGCUGAGUGUGAAAGUGCGUUCGACAAGUGCAAGAAGCUCCUGUUGAGUCACCGACUCCUAGAGCUGUACAACCCUGAUCUACCGAUCGUGGUCGUGUGCGAUGCGAGCUUAAAUGGCGUGGGAGCCGUUCUGUGCCACAGGGUUGGUGACGUGGAAAAGCCCGUUUUCUACGCGUCGAGCACUUUGUCCGCUGCUGAACGAAACUACCCGAAUCUGCAUCGAGAAGCUCUUGCCGUGGUCUUUGCCCUGACGAAGUUCUUCAAGUACAUCUACGGUAAGCAGUUUACGGUUGUCACCGACAACAAGCCGUUAGCAGCCAUUUUGGACCAGAAGAGAGGUCUGCCGCCGUUGGCCGCGGCGCGGUUACAGAAAUAUGUGUAUUUGCUUUCGAUUUUUGAAUUUAGGAUCGUGUAUCGCAAGGGGUCGAAGAUUCCAAAUGCGGACGCUUUGAGUAGACUACCGGUUUCUGGUACCACCGGGGUCGACUCGGAGAUUGCUGAGCUGUUGAGCGUGACCGAGGAGUCUGCCAUGAUCGAUCUGGAGGUCAUAGGCCGGGAAACUCAGAGAGAUGCUCUGCUGAGUACGCUUUUCCAGCUGGUGCAAAGUGGGUGGGACGAGAGUAACGUACCCGCCGACCUGAAGUUUUACUUCGCAAACCAAAGUUGUCUGUCGUUGUUUAACGAUUGCGUACUUUAUUCGGAAAAAGUUAUUGUUCCGAAGUCUUGCCAAAAACGUGUUCUAGAGCUGAUGCAUGGUUGUCAUCUUGGAGUGAUCCGGAUGAAACAAGAAGCUCGACGGUACGUUUACUGGCCGGGGUUGGACAAGGACAUCGAAGAAUUUGUACAGCGGUGUGAGGUUUGCAGUAAGACCGGAAGAAUGCCGAAGAAGGUUUACUCGAAGUGGCCGGAGGCAAGUAGACCGUUCGAGAGAAUCCAUCUGGAUUUCUUUCACUUCGCUGGAAAAACGUUUUUGAUUGUCGUUGACGCCUACUCGAAGUGGAUCGACGUGAGGUUGAUGAGUAGAACCGAUUCAGAUUCGCUGAUUAACACUUUGAACUCUGUGUUCCGUAUUUUUGGGAAAAGCGAUCUGAUCGUCAGCGAUAACGGACCGCCGUUUAACAGUCAAGCAUUUGUGGACUACGCGAGACAGAUGAAGAUUGAGCUGAAGAAGAGUCCGGCGUAUUCGCCCGAAAGUAAUGGUCUUGCGGAAAGGGGGGUCCAGACAGCCAAAAGCGGGUUGAAGAAACUGAUGGCUGAUCCGAAGUACGGUAGCUGUAAGAUUCCGGAACUGGUUGAGAUUUUCCUGUUUAGUUACCGGAACAGUUACUGCCAGGCGCUAGGGUGUUCGCCUGCGAGCAAAAUCUUUUCUUUUGUGCCAAAAACCGAUUUGGAGAGCAAUUUGAAGCCGAAGCAAGAAAAGGUUAAGAAAAGGGUUAGAUUUGAUCUGCGGGUCAAAGAAAAGGUCAUUGAUAAGCGGGAAAGUGUCAAUGAAAAGCCAAGGGUCAGGAAAAACGACGAUUACGCUGUAGGAGAUCUUGUGUGGUACCGUUGUGAGUACAAGACGAUGAGAUCUUGGUUGGAAGCCGUGAUCGUGGGUGUUAACAGCAAGAACACAUACUACAUUGAGGUGUCAGUUGAAGAAUAA